AUGGCUGUCAACGAUCCAGAACACCCAGAGCUCGCACGGGAACGACAGGACGUUGACGUACCCAACGCGCCCCUUGUUGCCGAAAAGAACUUUCAAACCGGUCGAGGGGGGGCUGGCAAUAUUCAUCACUUGACGGAAGAAGAACGGGCCCAGGCAAAGGAGCACAAUCAGCACGUUCGAGCAACCAGCCAAGGAAGGAGGAACUCGAAGGAGCGAGACCAUCUUCGAGAAUUGGCCGAGAAAGGCAAAGAAAAGCUCUUCGGACACAGGGAUUCCAAGCCUUGA